ACGUUUCUGGUUGGUGGAGCACGACCCCACCCCCACCCCCGGGGAUUUGAUUGGGCGGUCGGCAGGGCCGAAGGGGGAGUGAGAGGUCAAGAUGGCGCCACUGCGGACGGUGAAGGGUUUGGUCGGAUUGGUGACGGGAGGGGCUUCUGGACUUGGCCGGGCAACUGUCGAGAGGCUGGUGCAGCAAGGGGCGAGUGCCGUGAUUGUGGACCUACCUACGUCAGAAGGAGCCAGUGUGGCCCAGGCUCUGGGGGAGAGUUGUGUCUUUGCACCGGCCGAUGUCACCUCCGAGGCAGACGUUAAAAGUGCUGUGGCCCUGGCCAAGGAGAAAUUUGGCCGCCUGGACAUCGCGGUGAACUGCGCGGGCAUCGCAGUGGCAGUGAAAACCUACAACUUCAAGAAGGAGAUUGCUCACAGUCUCGAGGACUUCCAGAGAGUGAUCAACGUCAACAUCGCAGGGACCUUUAACGUGAUUCGUCUAGCUGUCGCUGAGAUGGGGAGGAAUGAACCAGAUGCAGAUGGUCAGCGGGGCGUGGUUGUCAACACUGCUAGUGUUGCUGCCUACGAUGGACAGGUAGGACAGGCAGCGUAUUCGGCCUCCAAAGGUGGAAUUGUCGGCAUGACCCUUCCCAUUGCCCGGGACUUGGCACCCCAAGGGAUCCGUGUGGUCACCAUCGCACCAGGCCUGUUCUCCACUCCGUUGCUGGCUGGCCUCCCAGAAAAAGUGCGGAACUUUCUGGCUCGUCAGGUCCCCUUCCCCAGCCGCCUCGGGAACCCGGCUGAGUAUGCCCACUUAGUGCAGUCCAUUGUGGAGAACCCCAUGCUCAAUGGGGAGGUCAUCCGACUGGACGGUGCCAUUCGAAUGCAACCCUAGAGGGGAGGGGCUGUGGGGGGGUGGUGUGGAAGAGAGACGCAACAUUGGUCCAUCAAACACUGGCGGCCUGACCAUCCGCAGGUCCACGCUGCUGUGGGCUGUGCUCCCUCCCUCUGCCCAGCGUCAGUGCCUUCAAACUCUCCCCGUUUACCUCGUCUCCUUCCCCACUGCUGACAGGCAGGACCCUGUCCCUUGCUGGGUUGUACUGACUGCACACUGUGCCAGCCUGUUACCUCGAGACCCUGGGGAGGGGGGUACACUGAGGGAUUGGGCUCUGUGAGAGGAUUGGACACUGGCUUGUCAAGAUCCGGGGGGUGGGGGGGGGGUGGGGUCCGUGCUCCAUGAGUGACUGACCCAUCCCG